AACAAUUUUGAAAAUGAAAGCAGGGCUGCAGAGACGAGAGAUGUUAUCUCACUCACUUUUUUUUUUUUUUUUUUAACGUUUCAGAUAGGAAACAGCCUUUCAAGUCUCCCAGGACGAAAGGCAAUUUGCAUUUCAAGAGGUCAGGAUACAGCUAUUUCUUUUUACCAUCUGAAAUUAGUUAUUAAAAGUCUAUUUGGAAACAAAACAACGCACGCAUGGAAAGAUGGCCUCUGCAGGCUCAAAUUAACUGCUCCUGUCAUCCCUGAUUUCACUGGCUGCUGCUGGAGGAUGCUGAAUCAAGGAGGUCGGCUGCGAUGGGCUCAGUGGGAGCCGAGCGCUUCAAGGAGCUAAGCCCGGCGGGGACGCCGGAGGGCAACGUGGUGAUGAGCUUCAGCUUCGACAGCUACCAGCUGGAGGAGGACGAGCUGCAGAGGGGCAGCCAGGCCAAGGCCGUCCUCACCUUCAUGGAGCCGGUUUCUGAGGAUCCCGAGCCCCAGGAUCGAUACCAUGGGAUUUAUUUUGCCAUGCUGCUGGCUGGGGUGGGAUUUCUUCUGCCGUACAACAGCUUUAUCACCGAUGUGGACUACCUGCACCAUAAAUACCCAGGGACUUCCAUCGUCUUCGACAUGAGCCUCACCUACAUCCUGGUGGCCUUGGUAGCCGUCAUCCUCAACAACGCGCUGGUGGAGCUGCUGAGCUUACACACACGGAUCUCUGUGGGCUACCUCUUCGCCCUGGGGCCCCUGCUCUUUGUCAGCAUCUGCGACGUCUGGCUGGAGCUCUUCACCCGCAGGCAAGCCUACGCCAUCAACCUAGUCGCCGUUGGGGUGGUGGCCUUUGGCUGCACAGUGCAGCAAUCCAGCUUCUAUGGCUACACGGGGCUGCUGCCCAAGCGCUACACGCAGGGAGUGAUGACAGGCGAAAGCACUGCCGGGGUCAUCAUCUCACUCAGCCGCAUCUUUACCAAGCUGCUGCUGUCGGAUGAGAAGGAGAACACAGUCAUCUUCUUCUUCAUCUCCAUCGGCAUGGAGCUGACAUGCUUCGUCCUCCACCUCCUGGUGAAGCGCACACGCUUCGUCCGCUACUACACCACCUGCUCCCGCAAGGGUCUCCCCGAGCCCCGGGGGGCUGGUGACCGUGGGACAGGCUACCGCAUCCACCACGAUGUGACUGCCGAGGACAUCCGAUUUGAGAACCAGCUGCGGGGGCAGCCAAGCUCCCCCCGGGGCAGCCCAGGUCCUGAAGCUGAGCUGGCCGGCAGUGGCACCUACAUGCGUUUUGAUGUCCCUCGACCCAAAAUCAAGAGGAGCUGGCCCAGCUUCAGAGACAUGCUGCUCCACCGCUACGUCGUGUCCCGGCUCAUCUGGGCCUACAUGCUCUCCAUCGCCAUGACCUACUUCAUCACGCUGUGCCUCUUUCCUGGGCUGGAGUCAGAGAUCCACAACUGCACGCUGGGGGAAUGGCUCCCCAUCCUCAUCAUGGCCAUCUUCAACCUCUCUGACUUCGUCGGCAAGAUCCUGGCUGCCUUGCCCUAUGACUGGAGAGGGACCCACCUCCUUGUCUACUCCUGCCUCCGCGUGGUCUUCAUCCCCCUCUUCAUCAUGUGCGUCUACCCCAAUGGGAGGCCCACCUUUGGCCACCCUGCUUGGCCCUGCAUCUUCUCUCUCCUCAUGGGCAUCACCAACGGCUACUUCGGCAGCGUCCCCAUGAUCCUGGCCGCCGGGAAAGUGAGCCCCGAGCAGCGGGAGCUGGCAGGGAACACCAUGACCGUGUCCUACAUGACGGGCUUAACGCUGGGCUCAGCCGUGGCAUAUUUUGCCUACAGCCUCACCAGUACGUCCCACAGUACCUGUUUCUACACUGAAACCUCCAAUGGCUCCUUUAUGUCGGGCUACUGAGCCCCGGGGCGGGGCGACGGGGACAAGAUGGGACCUGCUUCCCACCAUGGUCCCCACCGCCCUGCUUGGCCCAUGUCCCUCCUCAAGGAGGGAGCCUGGAGCCAGAAAGCUGCCCAAGGGCAGACAGGGACCUGCAUCCUGUUGGCAUCCCAAAAUGGCCCGUGCUGCCCAUCCAGGGCCACUUCUUGGGGUGAUGAGACCGCCAUCACCACAGGGGAUGGUCCCAUUGCUCUAGUGGGGGGGGCUCCCCAUCAGCGAUGUGCAGCUCUCCAGUGGGGAUGGGGGGAGGUCUUCUGUUUGAGCCAAGCCAUUGCCAGGAGGAAGAAAAUACUGCCAAAUUCCCAAGGGAAUAGGACCAGCGCUGGGGAGGAGGGUGAUGGAGGGCUGGUGAGGAAGAGGAGGAGUAAGAGAGGAAGGAACCACUUCUUCAGGCCCUGGUGGCUCUGGGAAGGUGGGUCUCAGCUUUCACUGAUGGUGCCGCAGGUUUUCACCAAGAAUGGCUUGAAAUCACGAUCCCUCCCCAAAUAUACCUAUCGCUGUGAAAAAGACCCAAUUUACUUCUGCUGGCUGGAAACAAAAAAAAACCAAUUUUUUUUUGUUGUUGGCUGCGUCUUUUUUUGCCCCCCCCCCCCCAACUGCGAGAGAGGCAGGGUCUUGCCUCACCCCCACCCCACGCUGUGCAUGUGACCCAUCACCUCCCUCUUCUGGGCUGCAACAGGGCAGAAAGGGAUCCUGCUGUCCUGAGGAGGGGUCUUGAGGCCACAGAGCUGUGGAUGCCACCCACGGCGCACUGCAGAGCUUCAGGAUUUAUUGCAAGGGAUGUAAACGAAGCUGAUGCCAGAUUAAAUGUCUUUGCAAUGAUGCCUGGUCAUUACCUGUGCCACUGGCACUGCAGGCACUCAGCUGCGGGUGAUGGGCUGGGCUGGCCAACACACACAGGAUUGCCUGCUGCCUGUGCUGUGGGGUUUUGGGGUGCCCCUUGUGCUGCUCCCCAUCCCCAGGGUCCCCUCUGUCACCUGGAGCAGCUGGAUUUGUCAGCGGGUCCCAUCGAACCACUGCCAGCCUGCAAACUGCUGCUGAAGUGCAACACCUUUGCGGGCAGCAAGCGGGCGAGGGAAGGGGCUGAGCAGAGCAGAAACCAUCUGGAGAAGGUGCCAACACCAGAGGCUGGGUAUUUUUGGGACCGGCUGCACCUCGUUGUGCCAGGAGCCAGCGGGUGCCACCUCCCAGGGAAGCAAAGCCCAAGAGCUGGAGGUGAGGGGGAGCAGGAGGCAGCGAGCACCAGGCUCGGCCCCCCCGACCCAGCCCCACCAGCACCAGCGAGUCUCGCCUUGCCAAGCCCCUGGCUCGUUGAAGCACAGCUCACACCAAGAAGAGCAAAUCCAGUGUUUCAUCCUCAAAACAUCGUCCCUGCGGGGCUCAGGGUAUGGGAGCUGGCCUGACCUCGGCUGCAGGGCAAGAACUGAUACCUCGGGCUCCACGGGCCCCAGUUGCAGAGACCUCCGCUCCGGGGUCCCAUCCCAUCCAUCGGUGCCACCCCGCAGGGGGACUGUCGGGUGGAUGGCGGCUCCCCGAAGGGCCACGCAGCGCCUGGGUUGGGUCUUUCCCCAAAAACGAGGCAGGGGCUGAGCCAAAAAGCGACCGUUGCCACCAAGGGGAGAAAAACCCCCCAGUCAGGACAAGCGAGACAAAGAAAGAUGCUUCGUUGGGUUGCUUUUUUUCAAUUAAUUUUUUUUUUUUUAUGAAAAAAGAUCACACGGAGUUCUCCAACAAACAGAACGCCAAAAAAAUUGUUUUAAACAAAACAUAAACAAAACAAAACAAAAAAAAAAAGACAAAAACCUGGCUCUCCUUUCCUCUCGAUUGUCUGAAAUAUCCUUGUGUUCCAUAGAAGGCAGUGGGUUUUAAGUGCUUUCUAUUUAACAUUAGCAUAAAAUCUCUCUCGCGCGCUCUCUCUCGCUCUUUAAAAUAUGCUCACACAAUUUGCUUCUAGAAGUACAGUACACUUUGAGCGUGGGGGGUGUGCCUGUUCCCAGAUCAUUUACAAUCACAAUCCAACAGGAAAUAAAAAAUAA